AUGGAUGUCAACGAAGCCAAGUGCUUACUGGAGCGGCAUGCCGCCGCGCAACAGUCGGCAAUGGUACAGGAAGACGAUGGGUCGAUUCCGAACAGCGUUAAGGAAGGCACGGUCCGUCGCGCCAAGCAGACAGUGACGGGGCUCGUCCUUCUCAACGUCGCCAUGUGGGUGGGCACAAUCUGCAUCAGUACCACAUACCCCGUGAUCCUGUCGCCAGCGCUGGUAGCGUACUCGUUGGGACUCCGACAUGCUGUGGAUGCCGACCAUAUUGCAGCGAUCGAUAACGUGACGCGAAGCCUACUCCAACGCGGCCGGCAAUCCGUGACCGUCGGGUUGUUCUUUUCUUUGGGCCAUUCCAGCGUCGUGGUGCUCCUGUCGGUCGUCGUUGUGUGCAGCGCGUCCGCCGUCAACUUGGACACGAGCAAAUCCAUCGGCGCCAUCGUUGGCGCGUCGGUGUCGGCGACGUUUCUCUGCUUGAUCGGUCUCGUUAACGCCGUCUCGUUUGUCCGGUUGUUGCAGCAAUGGAAUGCCAUCUCGCCUUCUUCCUCGCAAGGGGGUGAUCUCCACGAUGACGACGUAUUGACUCCUUCAGGGGUCGGCGGCGGCAUCCUGGCAUCCUGCUGUCCGUCGCUGCUCAAGGUCAUCGACCAGCCCUGGAAAAUGUACCCACUGGGGUUCCUCUUUGGGUUGGGUUUCGACACAGCCUCCGAAGUGGCGUUGCUGGCGAUCUCGGCACUCGCGUCUCAGUCGGGAGUGCCGUCGUGGGUCGUCUUGGUGCUCCCGGGACUGUUUGCAUGUGGCAUGAGCUUAAUCGACUCGUUGGACGGGAUCUUCAUGCUGUGGGCGUAUGGAUGGGCGUACAUCCACCCCGCGAAGAAGCUGUUCUACAACAUGUUCCUCACAGGUCUGUCGUCGUUCGUCGCAUUGUUCAUCGGAGCCGUGGAAGCCGUCGGGAUCUUGGUUGCCCGAGGACUAGUCACUGGAUGGGUCGCCGAUAUCGUUCUAGGCAUCAAUGACAACUUUGAGCUGUUGGGGUGUGUCGUCAUCGGGCUCUUCGUUGUGUCGUUCGGCAUCUCGUACUUCGUCUACGAAGUGUUCUUUGCCGCCAAGGCGGCGGCAGUUCCAUGUGGACAAUUCAAUAGGGCAAACAAGAUGCAUGUCCACCCAACAGCAUUUUCAAACAUCAUGAUUGUGAUGGUUCUGUCACCGGCCAAGACCCUCGACAUGUCCGAGGUAGCAGACGACGUAGAGAGCACCCAACCCAUGCACCUUGACGAUGCAUCUGAGCUGAUCCACGGCUUGCGGAAACUCUCGUUGGCCAAAGUCAAAACGUUGCUAGGCGUGAGCGAUGCCUUGGCUAAACUCAAUUACGACAGGUACAAGCACUUCAUCACGGACAUCCCGACGACCACAUCCACCAGCGCAUUCAAACAGGUAACUCCUCAUGCCGUCUCCAUUCACUACGUCAUGACCCUUUAUCAGGCAGUUUUUUCAUUUGACGGACCUGCGUACAAAGGCCUCCAAAGCGCGUCGUGGACCCCCGAGGACUUAACGUUUGCACAGGCGCAUCUUCGCAUUCUGUGCGGGUUGUACGGCACGCUGCGGCCAUUGGACUUGAUUCAAGCGUAUCGUUUGGAAAUGGGCUCAAAGGUACAGCAUGGUCGCGGCCCCAAGGACGGGUUGUAUGCGUUCUGGGGCCGCGCCAUAGCCGACGACAUCAACGCCGUCUUCGCCCUUCCUUCUACAGCUGUAUCAUCCUCGUCUUCUUCGAUAAACAUCUUGCUCAACGUUGCAUCCGUUGAGUACUUCAAGAGCGUGGACAUGCCGUCCCUCGAUCCGUCCAUCGUUGUCGUCGACUGCAUCUUCAAAGACGACGGCCAGAUCAAGUCGGUGUUUGCUAAACGGGCGCGGGGCCUCAUGGUCAACUACGUCGUGACCAGUCGAGCGGCCACGAUGGACCACCUCCGGGCGUUCCAAGCAGACGGCUACGUGUACAGCCGCCACGAGUCCACUGACACGCAGCUCGUGUUCAAUCGGUCCAAGGCAGCCGCCGCCGCCGCGCUCAAGAGAGCGAGGGAAGUGGCGGCGAUAGCCAAGCUACAUACGAAACGACCGAGGAAUGACUUGGAGAUGGACACUUCAGUUGACGAGAAGCCACAUAAGCCGAGCCAACGGACCAUGUGACCAUCUUGAUGACAUUUGAGAGUGUGACGUCCAACUGUUUGAAACGUCAUGCCACGUCAUGAUGCACCGUACGGAAACGAUGGGUUCUGACGUGAUCCGGAGUGGUAACAAGUGCACGUCCACAGUGGCCCAGCAUCGUGAGUCCCAAGUGCAAUCUCGUUUUCCAUAACGUUACUAUAAGGGACCAGUCCACAGUGUAA